GUCGCGUAUAGUUAAAUUUUGGAGUAUAACGUAUUACGAGAUAAAUAUCGGAUAAUCGUUAUUACGUUUCGAGCAUGAAUAAUAACUAGUAAUACUUCGAUGCGUGUAUUAGCACAGAGAUUAAUCGAAUUAAUGGAGAUUUAUCGAGUUUGUUCAGUAGAAUUCUUGAUGAUUGGCAUCUUAACCUCUCACGCGUUUACGCGCCCGCUAGUCGAGCAACCGCCGCGUAUAUCAUAAAUUUCGGGAAUGUCGAGAAAUAAUCGGGCGAUUAACCGCGAUUGCAUCGUGUUUCGUAUAACCUUCGCCAGUGAUCGUGAAUAAUGUGAUACGAUAUACUAUUGCCGGGAAUGCCGAAAAGUAUGCCGAAUAUGAACCUUCGGUCUAUGCGUUUGGUAAUCGUCGGAUAGCAAUCGCUGCGAGUAAAAUUUUAGGAGAAAAAAUAUCGAGCAAUUAUACUUCGCUAAUCAAUUAAAUAUUCAAUCGAAUUAUAGAUAAUAGACGCGAUCAUUGAACGCCCUGAAUUUGGCAAUAAGAGCUCUAGCGAUUAUCGUGAGAAUCCAAUGGCGUUUAUCUUAAUGGCGUUGUUUCCAUCUAUCGUCGUCGUACUUCGCGCAUCUCCACUAGUCGUCGAUUAUCUACAUUGCAUUGUUGGAUUUCGGAGAGAUUGCGAGGUAAAUAUCGGAUGAUUGUUGUGAUUACGUCGAGUAUAUCACGAAUAAUAGCGAGUAAUAUUUCGAUAGCAUGAAUCAAGCAUUAUAUGGACGGUUAGCGCGAAUUUUAUCGUGUUUUCUUUUCGACAAAAUUCUUGAUUAUGGGCGUCUUAACCUCUCAAAUUUCUACGCAUUCGUUAAUCAUUGAACAAUCAUUGCGUACCACCAAUUUCGAAAAUACCGUGCAAAGGUAUUUAUCGCGUCGGUUUUUAACCUAAGUUUCGCGAGUGAUAGUGAAUAUAGUGUACUGAAUAGCUUGCCGCACAUAAAUAUCGGUAAAAAUUUCGAAUGUUUGUCGAAUUUUAAAUAUCGUAGUGAGCUGUGAUAGUGAUUUGUCAUUGUUGAAAAAAUUGGACGAAACAUAAAAUGGCCGAAACAGCCGACGAGAAAAGAGUAGCAGGGCGAUAAUCGGUAUGUUGCUCUUCAGCCGCAAUCGAUGCAUGCCGCACAUAUUUAUUGGUGCCCUCAAGAAUUAUUACCUUUUCUCUCACAAGCGGCUGCAUAAAAGGUCCCUCAUUGCGAGCGAACCGCAUCACAAGGCACUCAGGGAUGAACCACGGGUGCACUGGUUCCAGCAGCAGCACGAGAAAAAACGCAAGAAGCGCGACUUCGGCGCCGCGUCUUACGCGUUCACCGAUUAUCAUCAACCCUUCUUCAGCGAUUUUGGCCCGCGACCGCGACAGGUCGCCGCGUUCCAUCGGCAAAGAAACAGAGGCGUGCCGCUCCAAAACCUGUUCACGGACCCGCUCUUCAAGGAACAGUGGUACCUGAACGGCGGUGCCAAGGAUGGCUAUGACAUGAAUCUCGGCCCGGCCUGGCAAAAGGGCUACACCGGUAAGGGCGUCGUCGUUUCAAUCUUGGAUGACGGUAUCCAAACCAACCAUCCCGAUCUGGCGCUUAACUACGAUCAUCAGGCCAGCACAGACAUCAAUGACAACGACGACGAUCCGAUGCCGAGGGAUAACGGUGACAACAAGCAUGGCACUCGAUGUGCUGGCGAAGUCGCCGCUGUCGCCUUCAACCAGUAUUGCGGCGUCGGCGUCGCAUAUAAUGCCAGCAUCGGAGGCGUACGAAUGCUCGAUGGCCCGGUAAACGACGCCGUCGAGGCCAGAGCGCUGGGAUUGAAUCCUGAUCACAUCGACAUAUACAGCGCUUCCUGGGGUCCUGAGGACGACGGCAAGACGGUCGACGGUCCGGGCCCUCUCGCCAGACGGGCGUUUAUUUACGGAGUGACGAGCGGUCGCAAGGGCAAGGGCUCGAUCUUCGUGUGGGCGUCGGGCAACGGCGGUCGACACACCGACUCGUGCAACUGCGACGGCUACACGAAUAGCAUUUUCACACUGUCGAUAUCGAGCGCGACCCAAGGCGGCUACAAGCCGUGGUAUCUCGAGGAGUGCAGCUCCACCCUGGCGUCCACGUAUUCAUCGGGCACGCCCGGCAACGACAAGAGCGUCGCCACCGUGGACAUGGACGCCAAGCUGCGACCCGAUCACAUCUGCACAGUGGAGCACACCGGCACAUCUGCCUCGGCGCCGCUGGCCGCCGGCAUCGCCGCGCUCGCCCUCGAGGCGAAUCCCAGCCUAACGUGGCGAGAUAUGCAGUACUUGGUGGUGCUCACCUCGAGAUCCGACCCUCUGAGCAACGAGCCCGGCUGGAUACUGAACGGCGUGAAGAGAAAGGUCUCCCACAAAUUCGGCUACGGUCUGAUGGACGCGGGCGCGAUGGUUAAUCUGGCCGAACAGUGGACCAACGUGCCGCCCCAGCAUAUCUGCAAGUCUGACGAGAUCAACGAGGAGAGACCGAUUGACCCCACGUACGGUUACACUCUCAGCGUGUAUAUGGAUGUCACCGGUUGCGCCGGAUCCUUGAAUGAAGUACGAUUCUUGGAGCACGUGCAGUGCAAGGUUUCCCUAAGAUUUUUCCCUCGUGGAAACUUGAGGCUUUUACUCACCUCGCCGAUGGGCACAACGUCGACCUUAUUAUUCGAACGGCCGCGCGACGUCCUCAGCUCCAACUUCGAUGACUGGCCCUUCCUUAGCGUGCACUUCUGGGGUGAGAAAGCGGACGGUCGAUGGACUCUGCAGAUCAUCAAUGCUGGAAAUCGACAUGUCAACUCACCUGGUAUACUGAAGAAGUGGCAGCUGAUCUUCUACGGCACGUCGACGAACCCGAUCCGGAUACGCACGCGACAGUUUAACCCGGUACAUUCUCCGUACCUUCCUUCCCAUUCCGUGCAUUAUCCGUUUACGGUAGACGAUGACCCGCUGUCCGGUUAUCCGGGCAAUAGCGACUUCUUUUCUUCGUCUACCUUACAGAGUUACCAGGGCCCAUACGCUGGCGCCGCGUCGAACGUGCAGGCAUCCGUGGCUACCCUGGACGGCUCAUCGGCGCCGCUCUUAACGAAUCGCUUACCCGGCGACGUCUCAUCGUCCGCGUUCGACUCACCGUCUGCGGCGUCGUCUGCACAAGGCGGCUCCCUCGACACCACCAAAAGGCUACUGCACGACUGCGAUCCUCAGUGCGACGCGCAGGGCUGCUACGGCAAGGGCCCGACGCAGUGCGUUGCCUGUAAAAAUUAUCGUCUCGAUAACACAUGCGUCAGUCGCUGCCCGCCACGAAGCUUCCCUAAUCAGGGCGGCGUUUGCUGGCCGUGUCACGAGUCCUGCGAAAUUUGCGCGGGUGCCGGUCAGGAUUCCUGUCUCUCGUGUGCACCCGCUCACCUUCGAGUCACCGAUCUGGCGGUGUGUCUCCAACAAUGCCCCGAAGGCUAUUACGAAAAUACCGAGAACAGCACGUGUGUGCCGUGCGAGGCCAACUGCGCCAGCUGCCAGGACAGACCGGACAAGUGCACCAGCUGCGAGCAUCACUUGGUGAUGCACGAGAACAAGUGUUACGCCGCGUGUCCGCCGUUCACGUACGAGAUGCAAGAUUACAACUGCGCGCCGUGUCAUUCUACUUGCGAGACCUGCAACGGCACGGCGGAGAACCAGUGUAUCGCCUGUCGAACCGGGCUGUUUGCAUUGAACGGCACGUGUCGCGCCUCGUGUCCGGCGGGCUACACCGCGGACAAGAAGCGGCGCGAGUGCGUGGCGUGUCCACCCGGUUGCGCGACCUGCGCCACGCUGAGCUGCACCAGCUGCAUCGACGGCUGGAGCCUGAACAAGAAGGGUAUGUGCGCGCCCGUGAGUCGCAGCAACUGCGACACGAAUCAGUACUAUGAGAACGGCCAGUGCCAUCCCUGCCAUUCGUCCUGCGAAACCUGCGCCGGUCCCACGGAGGACCACUGUAUAUCCUGCCCGAACCCGUUGCUUCUUCAGGGCAAACGCUGCGUCUCUCAGUGCGACGACGCGUAUUACUCUGUCGUACAGCCCUCGCGACCGGUUUGCGUCCCCUGCCUGCACACUUGCAAGAGCUGCGUCUCCCGUCUGAAUUGCACGGCCUGUCAAGACGGGCUGCAACUGCAAAGCGGAGAAUGCAGGUCGUCCUGCGCAUCAGGUUAUUACAGCGACAGAGGUCAAUGCGCCAAGUGUUAUUUGUCGUGUAAAACGUGCUCGGGGCCGAGGAGGGAUCAGUGCGUCACCUGUCCGAGAGGUUGGCAAUUGGCGGCAGGCGAAUGUCAUCCGGAAUGUCCGGAAGGGUUCUUCAAGUCCAAUUUUGGUUGCCAGAAGUGUCACCACUAUUGUCGCACUUGCAAAGGCGAAGGUCCGUUAGAGUGCACUUCCUGUCCGCCUCAUUCGAUGCUGGAAGGCGGAUUAUGCAUGGAGUGUUUGGGCGCGCAAUACUACGACUCUCUAACCCAGCUCUGCAAAAGCUGCCAUUCUGACUGCCGAAGAUGCACCGGCCCCGGCAAAUUUAGCUGCGCCGCGUGCUCGCCACCACUGCACUUGGAUAAAUUGAACAACCAGUGCGUGCCUUGUUGUACGGGCAACGAGAAGGGGCCUGAGGCCGAAGAGUGCUGUCUCUGUGACCCGGAAACCGGUGGCUGCAGGAACAGCUCGCCGGCUGGUAAGCGAAGAGUACCGGGGACAGAAUUCUCGACCGACACAGCAAUCUCUGAAGCAUACGACGGUAGGACAAGUAACAAUGACUCGGCUUCGCUCGCCGUAACAGCAGCCACAACUAUGGCGGUCGCCAUCUGCUUAGCGUCCGUCGCAUUAUUUGCAACGAUAUUUGUCGCCCUUCAGGCUUGGUCCGGCAGGAGAGAAGCCAACAUGGGAUACACACAGCUCGCCGUACAAGUGGAGCCGUCCGAAGACGCGGACGCCAAUGACGCGACGGAGCUGAUGACUUAGACCUCGUUAACAAGAACGUAGCUAGUGACCUCUUGCCGAAGAGUCGCAGAGAGAACGACGAGUCUCGAUUGUGAUUGGUUCGCGAGUCAGAGGUUACGUGCUUUCGCGUGUAGUCACAUUUGUGAUGACAAAGAAAAUGGGAAAACGGUGGUGAACAUGUAGCGGGAAGAGAGGAACAGAAGGAGAAACAGGAGGAGGAGCAGGCGAAGGAAGAUUUGUCGAAAACGUGAUAGUAGAACUCCGUAGAAUGUUGUGCGAACAGCGAGAGAGGUAAAAAGAGAAAAAGGGAGAGAGUGAGAGGAAGCGUGAUUGCUGUUUACCUGAUGCGAUCGCGUGAACGUGCGAAUGUGCAGGGGGAUGUGUUUUAGCUAGAGAUUAAUACUUUUUUGCCCGUCGUUGUCGAGUGCGUCGCCGAUGUCGUUCGUCAUCGCGCACAUCGAGACAUUUUCGAUGCGGACGUUGAUCCGAAACGCGGAGGAGAAAAACAAAGGGUGAAGGACAUUUCAAAGUGCCUGAUUAGUGACGCCCUUGAUCCCACAUCCUUUCGCGUUCCCCCUCCGACGCUUUCCGUCCCCGAAAUAACCGCCGAGCCCCCUCGUCGAUUGUAUUCGCGUGCAUUCGCGAACAAGCGAGACCGCAGCCGAACGACGCGGAUAAACGCGGGGGACAGGCUGCUGUCUUGCUGCGCGUUACGAGAGCCGAAAGCGAUCCAGUUGGCUCGAAAUAGCACCCUUGAAUAUCCAUUCGACGUUAUCUUAUCGCGCAGCAAUAUCCUUGCGGCAAUCGGCGACCGUCGAGUUAUCGAAGGGACAAAGGCACGUCUCUUUCUUCACCUCUCUUCACACAGGAAGGCUACCGACACUCCGUUAACUAGGGUGAAGGGACACGUACGUAAAGUGGCCUCCGUACAUUAGGCUGAAAACCACGGACCACGUAAUCGUAAUCGUUAAUCGUGAAUUAUCAAUGGAUAUUGUUAUAUAUUUGUACAAAUGAUAAUAGUAACAAGUGAGCGAAUAGGGGAGGGUAAUCGCAAGGAUCACAGGAGGGGGAGGCGAAGGAAACGAUAGCGAGAUGACGAGCAGAGAGCGGAGGACAAGAAAGAGCGAGAGGGAAAGAAGAGAGAAGACAAGAUCGUCGGAACAUGAAAGCUCCGUCCUUCCAUCUUGAAACUGAGUCUCGACUAAUCGACACGAUUCGCACACGCCCGAAGGAACCAACAGACUCUUACCCGCAAUUACUACUGCGAUCGCCCAGUUAUCCGAUACGCCUGUGACACGUCAGUCGUCACAUUCCAGUACCUCCCAAACUGGCACGAACACAUAUGUCGUUGGCACAAGCAUUGCGUUCUCUUUUUGUAAAACUUGUUUGUUGUUAUUAUUUGAUUGUCUAUACCGAUGUUUUAUUUAAUACUUUCACACUUUUCGCGUUGUUCUGGCUGUUUCUUAAUUCUCGCUCGUAUCCAUUUUUUCCCCGUUUCGUUGGGAUCGCAUGAAGAGAGACAGAGAGGAAAAUCCGUUAAAAUAAGGAAAAUGAGAAAAAAAAGAGGGACGAAUGUAAGAAGGAAAAGUAAAGCCACACGCAACGAUCCGUAGCGAAUCGAUAUUCUCGGAAGCCAUCGCCCACGUUUACUCGUGUGAAUAUUGACUUUUUCCUCGUGAUUUGAUAUAAAGCUAUUAUUGUACUUUUAUGAUGACCGCGAUUAUAAAUAUAUACAUAUACAUACACGA